AUGAGCACCCAGACAAAUCCGACAUCACCUGUCACUCCUGCGGGAUCUCCGACCAGGUCGAACUCCAAGGAUAUGUCCUCCCCCGGCCCAACAACCGCAUUGUCCCUUCGAUGGCAUCGACUAGUGAAUUUCGUCGCUCCGCCGUCAAGUUCGACAAAACGGGCCAAAUUGCCACAACCAUCCACACAAGAUAGCUUAAAAGCUAUCGCCAAGGCGUCGUGGUUGAAUUUACUUCUUGCCUUCAUUCCGGUAUCGUGGGCACUACAUUUCGCGAAACCGGACGAAAGCACGAUCAUCUUCAUAUUCUCCUUCCUCGCAAUCAUACCUCUAGCUAGCCUCAUGGGCUUUGCCACAGAGGACUUGUCCUUGCGCGUAGGUCAAACGCUUGCGGGUCUCCUUAACGCGACAUUAGGCAAUGCGGUGGAACUCAUCGUGGCAAUCAUCGCUUUGCUCAAAUGCGAGCUGCGCGUCGUGCAGGCUUCUCUGGUCGGCUCCGUCCUCAGUAACCUGCUUCUUGUCCUCGGAAUGUGCUUCUUUGCAGGUGGCAUGCGAUAUUCGGAGCAAGGCUUCAGCUUGGCAGCUGCGCAGAUCAACUCGUCUCUGCUGAUCAUCAGCGUGGUCUCGGUGCUCAUUCCUGGCGUGCUCUACUUCUCUAUCGACGCUCUCACGUCUGCUUCUCCGGAGUCUGAAGGCAAGACGAUCCUCAAGAUCAGCCAUGGGGUCGCCAUCAUGCUUUUGCUCGUUUACUGCUGUUAUAUCGUCUUCCAACUGCGGACACAUAACCAACUCUUCGACGACGAACAUCCAUCGUCGAUGAUCGAGUCUAUCCGGUAUCAAAAGGACAUCAAAAACGAGUCUCCCCGCUCUUCCAUGCAUUCAGAUGCUUCGCCUGAUAGUCCGCUCGUGGCAAGUCACGUAGACGCUGAAGCCGCGAAAGAACACGAUGAAGACGAUGAAUCACCAAAGAUGAGUACUUGGGUCGCCAUCGGGCUCCUCACUGUCAUCACUGUCCUCGUGGCCGUAACCGCGGAAUUCCUCGUCGGCUCCAUCAAUGGCCUCAUAGACGGAACCGGGAUCAGCAAGGAGUUCGUCGGCUUGAUUCUGCUUCCGAUUGUUGGGAAUGCGGCGGAACAUGUUACGGCAGUCACUGUCUCGGUCAAGGAUAAGCUCACUCUCAGCAUCUCCGUGGCCGUUGGCUCGAGCAUACAGAUCGCUCUCUUCGUCCUCCCCUUCAUCGUUACCCUUGGUUGGAUACUGGGGAAACCUAUGACGUUAUUGCUUGACCCUUUCGAAUCAGCCGUCCUAUUACUCUCCGUGAUGACCGUCAACUACACCAUCCAGGACGGGAAGUCCAACUGGUUAGAAGGCGUCGUUCUCAUGACAUUAUUCAUCAUCAUCGGCAUCGUGACCUGGUUUUACACUGGUACCGAUCCGUCAGGAAUGCUCGCGACUUGCACAUAACUAUUAUGAUUAACGUAUUCGACGGGCUUUCCGUCACAUCACGCUCCUUGCACGUUUCUGCUUCUCGUUUCCGGUCAUGACUCUU